UGAGAAUGCCAGGUUUAAAAAUAAACGGGAGGAUGUAUGGUUAAGCCUGUGCGUAGGUCCUCCUCUCUGCCUUGCUCAUGUGAUUCUGAGUGAGAGGGGAAAACCGAUGCAGUAUAAAAGGCCGGUGACAAAGCUCAGGCAGACAUUGUGAAUCUUUAAAGAUAGAGGGAUCUAACUCUUCGCCAAGUGAGUUCCAGCUGGAUCCAGAGCCAUGGGGGACGAGGAGAUUGCAGCUCUCGUUGUGGACAAUGGUUCGGGGAUGUGCAAGGCAGGCUUCGCUGGAGACGACGCCCCGAGAGCGGUCUUCCCUUCCAUCGUGGGCAGACCGCGACAUCAGGGCGUGAUGGUGGGGAUGGGCCAGAAGGACAGCUACGUUGGUGACGAGGCGCAGAGCAAGAGGGGAAUCCUGACGCUGAAGUACCCCAUUGAGCACGGGAUCGUGACCAACUGGGACGACAUGGAGAAGAUCUGGCACCACACCUUCUACAACGAGCUGCGCGUGGCCCCCGAGGAGCACCCAGUGCUGCUGACCGAGGCCCCCCUCAACCCCAAGGCCAACCGGGAGAAGAUGACCCAGAUCAUGUUCGAGACCUUCAACGCGCCCGCCAUGUACGUGUCCAUCCAGGCCGUGCUGUCCCUGUACGCCUCGGGCCGCACCACCGGCAUCGUGCUGGACUCGGGCGACGGGGUGACCCACACCGUGCCCAUCUACGAGGGCUACGCCCUGCCCCACGCCAUCCUGCGGCUGGACCUGGCCGGACGCGACCUGACGGACUACCUGACCAAGGUGAUGACGGAGCGCGGCUACUCCUUCACCACCACGGCCGAGCGGGAGAUCGUGCGGGACGUCAAGGAGAAGCUGUGCUACGUGGCGCUGGACUUCGAGGCCGAGAUGGCCCUGGCCGCCUCCUCCUCCACCCUGGAGAAGAGCUACGAGCUGCCCGACGGCCAGGUCAUCACCAUCGGCAACGAGCGCUUCCGCUGCCCCGAGGCCCUCUUCCAGCCCUCCUUCCUGGGCAUGGAGACCACCGGCAUCCACGAGACCACCUACAACAGCAUCAUGAAGUGCGACAUCGACAUCAGGCGCGACCUGUACGCCAACAUCGUCCUCUCCGGCGGCUCCACCAUGUACCCGGGCAUCGCCGACCGCAUGCAGAGGGAGAUCACCGCCCUGGCGCCCGCCACCAUGAAGAUCAAGAUCAUCGCCCCUCCCGAGAGGAAGUACUCCGUGUGGAUUGGCGGCUCCAUCUUGGCCUCCCUCUCCACCUUCCAGCAGAUGUGGAUCACCAAGCAGGAGUACGAUGAGUCUGGCCCCUCCAUCGUGCACCGCAAGUGCUUCUAAAGGUCGCCUAACAAAUGCAGGAACCCAGUUUCAUGUUCGCCUACUGCACACCACAGAUAUGAUAAACUAUAUACAAGACAUCUCCCUUUGUCCUCUGCAGCGCCCACUGCUGCACGGGAGGAGCAACGAGUCCUCCCACCCCACACAGUCCACCAAACAUCACACCCAGGCUAUGUCCACACGGAAAGCUAUCCUCAUGGAGUGAUACAGCCUGGAAACAGGCCCUUCGGCCCAACUUGCCCACACCGACCAACAUGCCCCCAUCUACACUAGUCCCACCUGCCUGCAUUUGGCCCGCAAUCCCUCUAAACUUUUCCCAUCCACAUUCCAGUCAAAUGUCUUGCAAAUGUUGUUAUGAUAUCUAAAAUGUUACAGUAUCUACCCAAUGGAAUUUCCUUGUUUAAGUCCUCGGAGCAGAAUUAGGCCAUUCAGCCCAUCGAGUCCACUGAUCUAUCUUACGCUCUCAAUCCCAUUCCACUGCCUUCUCCUCAUAUUAAUAGACAAUAGACAAUAGGUGCAGGAGUAGGCCAUUUGGCCCUUCGAGCCAGCACCGCCAUUCAAUGUGAUCAUGGCUGAUCAUCCACAAUCAGUACCCCGUUCCUGCCUUCUCCCCAUUUCACCUGACUCCGCUAUUUUUAAGUCCUAUCUAGCUCUCUCUUGAAAGCAUCCAGAGAACUGGCAGAGAAUUCCACAGACACCCUUUGACACCCGUACUAAUCAAGAAUUUAUCUAUCUCUGCUUUAAAAAUACCCACUGACUUGGCCUCCACCGCCAUCUGUGGCAAUGAGUUCCGCAGAUUCACCACCCUCUGAAUAAAGAAAUUCCUCCUCAUCUCCUUUCUAAAAGAACGUCCUUUAAUUCUGAGGCUGUGACCUCUGGUCCUAGAUUGUCCCAUUAGGGGAAACAUCCUCUCCACAUCCACUCUAUCCAGGCCUUUCACUAUACUGUCCCAAUUUCAAGUUCAAAUGAGGAGGUGGAGGGGGGGGAGACAUCAGUUUCAAUGAGGUGUCCCCCUCAUCCUUCUAAGCUCCACCCAGUGCCGUCAAACGCUCAUCGUGUAUUUCCUUGUUUAAGUCCUCGGAAGCAGAAUUAGGCCAUUCAGCCCAUCGAGUCCACUGAUCUAUCCCACUUAUUCCUGGUGGACAAAAAUGCUGGAGAAACUCAGCGGGUGAGACAGCAUCUAUGGAGCGAAGGAAAUAGCUCCAUUGUCAGGGUGAGACUCGGCACAAAUUGGUGGAACAGCGCCUCAUAUUUCGCUUGGGCAGCUUACACUCCAGUAUGAACAUUGACUUCUCCAACUUCAGAUAGCCCUUGCUUUCCCUCUCUCUCCAUCCCCCCCCCCCCUUCCCAGUUCUCCCACCAGUCUUACCGUCUCCGCCUACAUUCUAUCUCUGUCCCGCCCCCUCCGCUGACAUCAGUCUGAAGAAGGGCCUCGACCCGAAACGUCACCCAUUCCUUCUCUCCAGAGAUGCCGCCUGUCCCGCUGAGUUACUCCAGCGUCUUGUGUCUACCUUGGAUUUUCUCAUAGUUUGCUCCCACAGUCCACAGACGUACAGGUUUGAGGUCAAUUGGCUUCGGUAGAAAAAUUGUAAACUUGUUCCCAGCGUGCAGGAUAGUGGUAGUGUACGGGGUGAUUGCUGGCCGGCGCAGAAUCAGGUGGACCAAAGGGCAUGUUUCUAUGCUGUAUCUCUAAACGAAUCCAAACUAAAUAAGACUAUUUGCUUAUCCCUGGUGCUGUAUCUCUAAAGUCUAAAGUAAAGUCUAAUAAACCUAUUUCAGACUAGUUAAUCUCAUUUCCAGAAGAGUUUGGCAACAAGGUUUUGUUGUGUAAAUGCUAUAUGUUGUUGGAUUUUGUACUGAAAAGUACUUCCCAAGUGGGAUUGGGGAAUGCGAUCAUUCCAUGCCAAUUGCUGCUGUUCGGCACAGUAAUAAGUAAUUCCCAAUUUAGUUCCAAUAGACAAUAGGUGAAGGAGUAGGGUAUUCGGCCCUUCGAGCCAGCACCGCCAUUCAAUGUGUUCAUGGCUGAUCAUCCCCAAUCAGUACCCCGUUCCUGCCUUCUCCCCAUAUCCCCUGACUCCGCUAUCUUCAAGAGCCCUAUCUAGCUCUGUCUUGAAAGUAUUCAGAGAACCGGCCUCCACCACCCUCUGAGGCAGAGAAUUCCACAGACUCACAACUUCCUGUGUGAAAAAGUGUUUCCUCGUCUCCGUUCUAAAUGGCUUACUCCUUAUUCUUGAACUGUGGCCCCUGGUUCUGGACUCCCCCAACAUCGGGAACUCCAAACCCUCUCAUCCUUCCAAAUUCCAGAGUGUACAAGCUCAGCCGCUCUAUUCUCUCAGCAUAUGACAGUCCCACCAUCCCGGGAAUUAACCUUGUAAACCUACGCUGCACUCCCUCAAUAGCAAGAAUGUCCUUACUCAAAUUUGGGGACACAAUACUCAAGGUGUGGGCUCACUAGGACCCUGUACAACUGCAGAAGGACCUAUUUACUCCUGUACUCAACUCCUCUUGUUAUGAAGCCCAACUAGCUUUCUUCACUGCCUGCUGUACCUGCAUGCAUACUUUCAUUGACUGAUGAACAAGGACCCCCAGAUCCCAUUGUCCUUCCCCUUUUCCCCUAGUUCCCUAUCACACACCAUAAUUGUUCUUUUAAUUCGAAUGGAAUGAUUCUAGAAAUGAAGACACAACAGUGGCUCAGCAGUAGAGCCCCUUCUUGCAACGCCAGAGACCCAGGUUCGAUCCCAACUACCGGUGCUUGCCUGAACGGAGUUUGCACGUUCUCCCCGUGACCUGCGUGGGUUUCCUCCAAGAUCUUUGGCUUCCACCCACACUCCAAAGACGUGCAGGUUUGUAGGUUGACACAAAACGCUGGAGUAACCCAGCGGGACAGGCAGCAUCUCUGGAUAAAAGGAAUGGGUGACGUUUCGGGUCGAGACCCUGCUUCAGGCACGACCUGAAACGUCACCUAUUCCUACUAUCUGAAGAUACUGCCAGUACCGCUGAGUUACUCCAGCAUUUUGUGUCCAUCUUUGGUGUAAACCAUCAUCUGCAGUUCCUUCCAACAGAUUUGUAGGUUAAUUGGCUAGGUAUAAAGAUAAAUUGCCCCUUAGUGUGAUAAUAGACAAUAGGUGCAGGAGUAGGCCAUUCGGCCCUUCGAGCCAGCACCGCCAUUCAAUGUGAUCAUGGCUGAUCAUCCCCAAACAGUAUCCCGUUCCUGCCUUCUCCCCAUAUCCCCUGACUCCGCUAUUUCUAAGAGCCCUAUCUAGCUCUCUCUUGAAAGUAUCCAGAGAACCGGCCUCCACCUUGAGGCAGAGAAUUCCACAGACUCACAACUCUCUGUGUGAAAAAGUGUUUCCUCAUCUCCGUUCUAAAUGACUUACCCCUUAUUCUUGAACUGUGGCCCCUGGUUCUGGACUCCCCCAACAUCAGGAACAUGUUUCCUGCCUCUAGCAUGUUCAAACCCUUAACAAUCGUAUAUGUUUCAAUGAGAUCCCCUCUCAAUAGACAAUAGACAAUAGGUUCAGGAGUAGGCCAUUUGGCCCUUCGAGCCAAUGGCUGAUCAUUCCCAAUCAGUACCCCAUUCCUGCCUUCUCCCCAUACCUCACCCUUCUAAACUCCAGAGUGUACAAGCCCAGCUGCUCCAUUCUCUCAGCAUAUGACAGUCCCGCCAUCCCGGGAAUUAACCUUGUAAACCUUGGCAGAGAAUUCCACAGACUGUGUGUAGGAUAGUGUUCACGUGCGUGGAUCGCUGGUCGGUGGGGAUCGCUGGUCGGUGCGGACUUGGUGUGCCGAGUUUCACAAAAUUCAACGAAAGUUCAGUUUGUCCCCUCUCAAUCCGCAUGCAUUAAGUUCUACUGCAUCUCCUCUUCUGCAAUAGAAAGGUGAAUCUGCUCGACACCAACUAGUUGUUGAUAAUUGUGGUCCAUUCUGCAUUGUUCUCCAGUUGAAUAUUGUACAAGUGUUGCUCUUUAACGUUGCCAUUUGCUUGACUCCUCUUCCAAACGCCACGUCAUUUGUGCUUUUGUGAACUAAUGUUCUUGUUAGAUGCCCAAAUCUGAAGGGUUGUCCAAACAAAAUCUGUAAUAGGUGUCAAUCAAACAUGAAAGUGUACAUAAAAAAAUAAAAGAAAUCGCACUGGUCCAUGUUA